AAGUAACACAGUUGAAGUUUGCAUAGUUAUAUAUAUAUAUAUAUAUCAUCGUCCUAAUUAUCCUAUAAUAAAAUCUGUACAAAAAGUGUUUAAUAUUUAUAUUAAGCAGAAGUUAUUUAAAAUUUUCUAUUAAAAAUGAAACAUUUAAAAAAAGCAUAUAUAUAAUGAUAAAUAUUUUUUAGCAGAUUACAUAACACAACAAUUUGUUGACAGUUCCUACAUACUAACAAUAAGAUGUCAAAAUUGAUGAUACAAACGAGAAGCGAAUAAUUCUACAUGAAAAAAAAAAUCGAACAUAUAAAAUAAAUCUUUUUAAUAUUUUUUAUCAAUAUUAAAAAAAUACUUUGGGAAAACAUAAUAAGAGACGAGAUGUGUUUAUUUUUUAGGAAUAUUAUUUUAUAUUAACUUAAAAAUUGUUUGAAGUGUUGUCCAUUUCAAAAUAAUUAUGCUCUUUCCUAUUAAAUGUUUGUUUUAUUUUCUUAUGUAGAAUCACCUUUUUUUUUCUCGUACUGUCAAUUCUGAGACAACCGGUAUUAUUAUCUUAUUCACAAAUUUCAGAAUAUUUAGCCAUGCAUUGCUGUUUGCUAAUAAUAUUUUAUGCAUCUUGCAUUUUAAAAAUGACAUCCAGUGAAAAAUCAUCUUUAUAUAUGGAUGAAGUUCGCAGCCUAAGUGAAUUGCCAAUGGAUAAACUGAUCCAAAUAAGAUCUUCCCUUGGAAGCGCGGGAUAUGAUAUUACUGAUGAGAAUGAAAACGCGCGCGAAGAUGUAUCUAGUAGAAGAUCCCUGACAAUGCCAAUGGCUUUGCCAUUAAGAAGAAGUAGCAAGAAGCCUAUGCGACGAUAUGAAGAGCACUACGAAAAAGGCAAGGAGUCGAAAGUUUCAAAGAUCUUCCAGGUAGCAAUAACUGCAUUAUCGUUUCUUGCAUUUGGCGGUUAUCUCCUUACACUUAUAAUAUCAGCAGUUCGUCGCAAUAUGACCAAUAAUCCAACCGGGAAUGUCGUCGUAUUUUCGAAUCUGCACGAUUUACAGAAAUUCAAUCGCCCCAAGCGUAAUAUUUUAAUAUUGGAUCCAAUGGAAAAUAAUUUUGAAACUGAUAAGCUUUAUGAAGGAAUGAUUAUGCUCUCAAGAAGUUAUGCUUUAUACAAUUGAUUACAAACCAUAUAAAAAUACUAUAUUUUAGAAAGAUUUAUUAUUCAUACAUAUUUAUU